AUGGCUGUCAAGGCAGUGAUACCAUUCCUUGUGGGAAUGAUGCUGCUCACGGGGUGCGCCAACACCCUUCUGACCAAGUUUCAAGACCAACAAUGUGUACGGGGCUGCGAGAGCAAGAAUCCAAAGGACCACAAGACAUUUGAACAACCGGUCAUCCAAACGCAAGUUCCACACUCCGGACAGAUCGAGUCGGUGAUUGCUAACCUGCACAGAGUCCAAAUGUUUAUUGGUGAGAUGGGAUGUUGGGUGGUGAUGUUGGGCUUCUAUCUGCAUCGCUACAUCUCCCUGCGCUCGAAAGAUGCACCGCUCCUCCACCGAUCCGUCGACGCCGAGGAAGAACAGGACGAGGAGCAGGAGGAGGAUGAUGAUACCGUUCGACCCGCUACUUCACGCGAUGCAACGGACCCAGCCCUGAAACCACUUCUUCCAAAUGCGGACGACCGAGCUCAUCUGGAGGGAUGGAAGGUGGUUCUGUUGGGCCUCCCAGCAUGCUGCGAUAUCGCCGGCACGACCUUGAUGAACGUCGGAUUGCUGUUUGUGGCGGCCUCUAUAUACCAGAUGACCCGAGGGGCGCUGGUUCUGUUUGUCGGACUAUUCAGUGUCCUGUUCUUGAAGAGAAAGCUCUACCUGUACCAUUGGGUUUCCCUCGUUAUUGUGGUUCUGGGCGUUGCCUUGGUCGGAUUAGCUGGGGCCAUUUCCUCUGGGGACAAGAACUCUUCUGCACCCAAGGAGGGUAGCGCCGAACUGGUUCGGCACACGAUCCUUGCUGCGAGAGAGGUUAUCGUGAGUGCGGUGGACCCAAGCGUUCUACGCACUGUCCUGGGUAUUUUCCUCAUCGCCUUCGCCCAAAUCUUCACCGCCACACAGUUCUGCCUCGAGGAAUGGAUUCUGGAACACUACGCCCUUGAACCACUGAAGGUUGUCGCUUGGGAGGGCUUUUUUGGGUUUAUCGUCACCGUUGCGAUUCAGGUCAUUCUGCAUUUGGCGGUCGGCAUCACAAAAGCUGGCAAGUACGGAUACUUUGAUGCCGAGGAAGGCUAUCGUCAAGUGUUCAACAACCGUGCAAUCGGCAUUUCAAGUCUUGCGAUCAUGGUCUCCAUUGGCGGGUUCAACUUCUUCGGCCUCUCAGUCACUCGAAGUAUCUCCGCCACCUCCCGAUCUAUAAUUGACACCUGUCGAACGCUCUUCAUUUGGAUUGUCUCGCUCGGGCUGGGAUGGGAGUCCUUCAAAUGGCUUCAGGUGGCUGGGUUUGCCUUGCUAGUGUAUGGGACAUUUAUGUUUAACGACCUUGUCAGGCCGCCGAUCAAAGCCCUGCUGCCUCAAAGGCGAGAGGGCGAACGCGAGGAACUUUUGCCAGAAGACCCAGUGGAACAUAUAUAG